AGCCGGCGCGCGGGGCCGGGAGCGCGGGGCGAUGGCGGCGGCGGCGGCGCUCCUGCUGGGCCUGGCGCUGCUGGCGGCGCGGGCGGCCGGCGCGGGCAUGGGCGCGUGCUACGACGGCGCGGGGCGCCCGCAGCGCUGCCUGCCCACGUUCGAGAACGCGGCGUUCGGCCGGCGCGCCGAGGCCUCGCACACGUGCGGCCGCCCGCCCGAGGACUUCUGCCCGCACGUGGGCACGCCGGGCGCGGGGGCGCAGUGCCAGCGCUGCGACGCCGCGGACCCCGAGCGCCACCACAACGCUUCCUACCUCACCGACUUCCACAGCCAGGACGACAGCACCUGGUGGCAGAGCCCGUCCAUGGCCUUCGGCGUGCAGUACCCCGCCUCGGUCAACAUCACCCUCCGGCUCGGGAAAGCAUACGAGAUCACCUACGUGAGACUGAAGUUCCACACCAGUCGCCCUGAGAGCUUUGCCAUCUACAAGCGCAGCCAUGCCGGCAGCCCGUGGGAGCCCUACCAGUUCUACAGUGCCUCCUGCCAGAAGACAUACGGCAGGCCCGAGGGCCAGUACUUGCGCCCCGGCGAGGAUGAGCGCAUGGCCUUCUGCACCUCUGAGUUCAGUGACAUCUCGCCGCUGAGUGGGGGCAACGUGGCCUUCUCCACCCUGGAGGGCCGGCCCAGCGCCUACAACUUUGAGGAGAGCCCUGUGCUGCAGGAGUGGGUCACCAGCACCGAGCUCCUCAUAUCCCUAGACCGGCUCAACACAUUUGGGGACGACAUUUUCAAGGACCCCAAGGUGCUGCAGUCCUAUUACUACGCCGUGUCUGACUUCUCUGUGGGUGGCAGGUGUAAGUGCAGUGGGCAUGCCAGCGAGUGUGGCCCCGAUGAGGCGGGCCGGCUGGCCUGCCGGUGCCAGCACAACACCACGGGAGCUGACUGCGAGCGCUGCCUGCCCUUCUUCCAGGACCGGCCGUGGGCCCGGGGCACAGCCGAGGCCGCCAACGAGUGUCUGUCUUGCAACUGCAGCGGCCACUCGGAGGAGUGCACGUUUGACCGGGAGCUCUUUCGCAGCACCGGCCACGGUGGGCGCUGCCUCCACUGCCGUGACCACACGGCCGGGCCACACUGUGAGCAAUGCCAAGAGGACUUCUAUCGCUGGAACCCGUGGACGCCGUGCCAGCCCUGCGACUGCCACCCAGCAGGCUCCCUGCGUCCCCAGUGUGAUGGCUCGGGCACCUGCACCUGCAAGCCCACCGUCACGGGCUGGAAGUGUGACCGCUGCCUGCCCGGGUUCCACUCGCUCAGCGAGGGAGGCUGCAGACCCUGCACCUGUAAUCCUGCUGGCAGCCAGGGCACCUGUGACCCCCGCAGUGGGCGCUGCCCUUGCAAACAGAGUGUGGAAGGCAACCUGUGUGACAGAUGCCGCCCAGGCACGUUUAACCUGCAGCCCCACAACCCGAAGGGCUGCAGCAACUGCUUCUGCUACGGCCACUCCAAGGUGUGUGCGUCGGCUGCCCAGUUCCGCGUGCACCACAUCCUCGCUGACUUCCACCAGGGAGCCGAGGGCUGGCGGGCCCGAACCGUGGGAGGCCAAGAGCAUCCUGCACAGUGGAGCCCAAGGGGGCUCCUCCUGGACCCAGAAGACGAGGAUCUCCUGCUACCAGAGAAAUUCCUGGGAGACCAGCGGUUCAGCUAUGGGCAGAGCCUCUCGCUGACGUUCCAGGUUCCCCCCGGGGGCGCCCCACCCGCCGUGCAGCUGAGGCUGGAAGGGGCCGCCCUGGCCCUGACUCUGCAGCACUCCAGCCUGCCCCGCCCCCAGGACGCCAGGACGCCGUGGGAGGUGCAGCUCGGGUUCCAGUUGCAGGAGAACUCUGAGGAUGCGGACCCUCCACUGUCCCCCUUCCACUUCCAGCGGCUGCUCGCCAACCUGACGGCUCUGCGCAUCCAGGCCAGCGGCCAAAGCCCAAGCUCCUACGGCCGAGUGUUCCUGACUGAGGCCCGGCUCACGUCAGCCCAGCGGGGGCUUUCCCCACCGGCCCCCUGGGUGGAGACCUGCUCAUGCCCCGUGGGGCACACCGGCCAGUUCUGCGAAUCCUGUGCUUCAGGUUACAAGAGGGAGACACUGCUGGGGGGUCCCUAUACCAGCUGUGUUCCCUGCACCUGUAACCAGCAUGGCACCUGUGACCCCAACACAGGGAUCUGCCUGUGCGGCCACCACACUGAGGGCCCGUCCUGUGAACGCUGCUUGCCGGGUUUCUAUGGCAACCCCUUUGCAGGCCGAGCUGAUGACUGCCAGCCCUGUCCAUGCCCUGGACAGUCAGCCUGCACAACCAUCCCAGAGAGCAGGGAGGUGGUGUGUAUCCACUGCCCCCUGGGCCAGAGAGGGCGGCGAUGUGAGAUCUGUGAUGAUGGCUUUUUUGGGGACCCACUGGGGCUCUCUGGGGCCCCCCAGCCCUGCCAGCAAUGCCAGUGCAGCGGGAAUGUGGACCCCAAUGCCGUGGGCAACUGUGACCCCCUGUCUGGCCACUGCCUGCGUUGCCUGCACAACACAACGGGCGCCCACUGUGAGCGCUGUCAGGAAGGGUUCUUCGGGGGCCCCCUGGCCCCUCAGCCCGUAGGCAGAUGCGCUCCCUGCAGCUGUAACCCAGCGGGCGCGGUCAGUGAGCUGAGACCCUGCGACCCGGUGAGUGGCCAGUGCUCCUGCCUGCCUCACGUGACCGGACGGGACUGUGGCCACUGCAGUCCUGGCUUCUACGACCUCCAGCCUGGGAGGGGCUGCCGGAGCUGCAAGUGCCACCCGCUGGGCUCCAAGGAGGAGCAGUGCCACCCCAAGACGGGGCAGUGCCCCUGCCGCCCAGGCGUUGAGGGCCAGGCCUGCGACAGAUGCCAGCUGGGUUUCUUUGGAUUCUCUGCCAAGGGCUGCCGAGCCUGCAGGUGCUCCCCUCUGGGCGCCGCCUCAGCCCAGUGUCAUGAGAACAGCACGUGUGUGUGCAGACCUGGCUUCGUGGGCUACAAGUGUGACCGCUGCCAGGACAAUUUCUUCCUCACAGCUGGUGGCACACGCUGCCAGGAGUGCCCCACCUGCUACGCCCUGGUGAAGGAGGAGGCUGCUAAGCUGAAGGCCAGGCUGACCCUGAUGGAGGGGUGGCUGCAAGGGUCCGACUGUGGCAGGCCUUGGGGACCAUCGGAGGUUCUGCAGGGAGAGGCUCCUCGGGGGGAUGUCUACCAGGGCCACCAGCUGCUGCAAGGGGCCCAGGAAGUCUUCCUAGAGCAGGUGACAGGCCUCCAGGGUGCUGUGAAGGCUGCCUGGGAGGAGCUGCGGGUGCUGAGCAGGAGUGCCCACUGUGCCCAAGCUGGAGCUGAGAAGACCUGUAUCCAGCUGGCAGAUCUAGAGGCAACACUGGAGUCCUCAGAAGAGGAGAUUCUGCACACAGCCACUGUCCUCGCAUCUCUGGUGAUUCCUCAGGAAGGGCCUGGCCAGCCCACCAACUGGAGCCACUUGGCCACAGAGGCCCGUGCCCUUGCCAGGAGCCACAGAGACAGGGCCGCCAAGACUGAAGCCACUGCUCGGAGGGCUCUGAUUGCCUCCAAUACCAGUUACACGCUUCUCUGGAGUCUGGUGGAGGGCAGAGUGGCCCUGGAGGCCCAGCAGGAGCUGGAGGACAGGUACCAGGAGGUCCAGGCGGCCCAGAAGGCUCUGGGCAUAGCUGUGGCAGAGGUGCUGCCCGAAGCUGAGAGGGUGCUGGCCGCCACGCAGCAAGUUGGUGCAGAUGCAGCCCCGUGCCUGGCCGCACUGGGUGCCCCUGCAGCACUGCCUCAGAAGUCCCAGGUGGGAGAACUGGGCCUGAAGGUACAGGCCCUGGAGAAAAUGGUUGCCUCCAGAGCGUAUGUGGUCACCGAGGCUGCCCGUGCCCUCCAGGCAACUGCCCAGGCCAUGCUGCACAAGACGGAGCCCCUCACACAGCUGUGCCAGGAGGCCAGAGCUGCCCUGACCCAGGCUUCCUCCUCCGUCCAGGCUGCCACAGUGACCGUGGCAGGAGCCAGGAUCCUGCUGGCCGACCUGGAAGGAAUGAAGCUGCAGUUUCCGCAGCCCGAGGAUCAGGCCACGCUGAGCAGGAAGGCAGAUUUCGUCCGGGACAGGGUCCUUGCAGACUCAAAAAAGAAGACCAAGCAGGCAGAGAGGAUGCUGAGAAACGCGGCUUCUGUCUCCUCCAGCGCCAAGGAGAAGGGCAGGGAAGCUGAGCUGUUGGCCAAGGACAGUGCCAAGCUUGCCAAAGCCUUGCUGAGGGAGGGGAGACAGGAGCACCGGCGUGCCAGCCGCCUGUCCAGCCGGACACAGGCGACACUCCGACAGGCCUCCAGACAGGUGCUGGCCUCAGGGGCACGCAGAUGGGAGCUGGAGGAAGCCGAGCAGGUGGGUACUGGGCUGAGCGAGAUGGAGCAGCAGAUCUGGGAGUCACGCAGCUCCCUGGUGGAGAAUGUCAAGGCCUUGUCGGAACUGCUCGCCAGGCUGGAGUCACUGGACACUCAUCAAGCCCCAGCCCAAGUCCUGAAUGAGACCCAGUGGGCACUGGAGCGCCUAAGACUGCAGCUGGGCCCACCAGGUCCCCUCCAGGGGAAACUGAGGCUGUUGGAGCAAGAGUCCGAGCAGCAGGAGCUGCAGAUCCAGGGUUUUGAAAACGAGCUUGCUGAGAUACGCGCUGACAAGCAGAACGUGGAGGCCAUUCUGCACAGCCUGCCUGAGAGCUGUGCCAACUGGCAGUGAGGGCCGCCCAGACCCCUACUGUCCCCGGCCCAGGGCAAGCCCCCCACUCCCCCACAGGGUGCCCAUGCCGGCCAGACCACCAGAGUUUGCUGCCGCACAUCCCCCAACUACUCACACACCCGUCUGAGUCCACGCCCAAUCCCCCUCCAUCCCACAGGAGUGAGUGUGCGUGCGUGGUUCGCUCAGGUAGCCACUGUGCACACGACCCCAUCCGCAUGCACUCUGUGCCAUGCAUGCAUAAACAAGCAUGCCCCAGUGUUGGUGACAUGUACACAUUGUGGGCACAUGCCUGUGUGUGUGGCACAUGUGUACAAGUUCAUCUCUGCACACACAUUACAGGUGGUCCACAAUUGUUUAUUGAGCACCAGCUGUGUGCUGUGCCCCCUCUGGAUGCUGGGUAGUUAGGUUAAAUACCCUGUGCACCAACAGAUUCAUUCUUGUUCCUGAAAGCAGGGACCCAAGCAGGGUAGCCACCUAGGAGGCUGACGGGGGGCCAUCUGCAGAGAUCCGGGCUGGCCUCAGCAAGAACCAGAGCCCCCAGUCCCGGAGCUCCCCUCUGUCCUGCUACAGGCCCCCAGUCUGUCCCGUGCCAUGCACACCCAGCAGCUCUGCACUGCUGAGGGACCAGGCAAGCCAAGAAAUACAAGAUCCUAGAAGAGUUCUCAACAGUAGAACUGGGAGCUCCAGGGGCCACGGUGCAGCCUGCUAGGAACUGCCAGGGGGAUGGCCCACCCUGCCCUUGCUUCAUGGAAUUAUCAUUGGCUUCAUGGAAUCCUUUGUUCUCAGGAUCCCAGGACUGGGCCAGACAUUCCGAAGGAUUUUCCUGCUCUGGGGCCAGUGCCCCUUUCAGCCUGUGGCCUGUCCAAAGAACCAGGCCUCAAGGGCCUGAGGAGGCCUGUGUCAGGAAACCCAGGUCGCUGGGAGCUCCCCUUUGUGACCCCACUGACCCUGCGUGGCCAUUGACUGAUUGAUACUCCUCAAACUGGUCCUGCAGCUCCACCUGCCACAAGGGAGGCCCUUGCUGAGCAUGGAGGCCUGGCUGCCCUUCCAGUCUGCCCUGCAGGGGAGUCCCCUGUGGCCAGGCCCCUGGCAGCCUCUGCCCAGGAUCGUCUGGCAUUUCCUCCUGAAACUCCUCCCCUCUCCCAGGCCUUCUUCCAGCAGACAGCAGGGCCUCGGCCCUGGACAAUGGGUGUCUCAGGGCCCACCCCACCCCCGGCUCUUCAUGUCCCUGACUGUGGGACAGGCAGCAGCAUGGGCCAAUUCUGUUCGACAUGGAAAUAAAGGACCCCUUUACUCGC